AAACAGCCGGAGCCGGGAAAGUCGAGGUCGGGCUGCGUCCGGGUGCUGCAGGGCAGCAGCGGAGAGGACGCAGGCCUAUCUUCGUACGUGGGGGUGAAUAUCGGGGUCACAGCGAUAGACGGCGGGGAACCGUCAGCCUGGCGCAACCUCCGCCCCCUCGCGGUGAGACGCCUCGCUCCCCGGGCUUCUCCCGCCGCCGCGCCGGUCUCCUCCCGCUGUUGAAAGCUGCCCGGGAAACUGGUGGCGGGAGCGGGCCCUGGGCGGAGCGCGGCGUGGGCCUGGGAGCGUGUUGCGGCGCGCUGGCGGAGGGAGGGGCCGACAUGACGGCCCCGGGCCACAGCCCCUUCGUGCCGCUGUUGGAGACUUUGGAAGACCCUUCCGCCUCCCAUGGAGAGCAGACCGAUGCUUACCUGACUCUGACCAGUCGUAUGACUGGAGAAGAUGGAAAAGAAAUCAUUAUAGAAAUUGAGAAGAAACUUCCUCAGCUAUUCAGAGUUUUAAAGACUCACAUUGCCAGUCAAAACUCAGAGCUCAGUAGUGCUGCUCUGCAGGCCUUGGGGUUUUGCUUAUAUAAUCCGAAAAUUACCUCUGGAUUAUCAGAGACAAAUAUUCAAGAACUGCUUUCAAAACUGAAUGAUAUUGUUAAGAAUUCAGAUAAAAAUGUACGUACUAGGGCACUUUGGGUGAUAUCCAAACAGACGUUUCCCACUGAAGUUGUUGGCAAAGUAGUAUCUAGUAUAAUUGAUUCAUUAGAAAUAGUCUUUAAUAGAGGAGAGAUGCAUUCUGCUGUUGUGGAUUAUGAAGCAUUAAAUGUCAUCAUAAGGCUAAUUGAACAAGCCCCAAUUCAAAUGGGAGAAGAGUCAAUUAGAUGGGCAAAAUUGGUCAUACCAUUAGUGGUUCAUUCGGCCCAAAAGGUACAUUUGCGGGGAGCUACUGCUCUAGAGAUGGGAAUGCCGUUGUUACUUCAAAAACAACAAGAAAUAGCAUCUAUCACAGAGCAGCUUAUGACUACCAAAUUACUUUCGGAACUCCAGAAGCUAUUUAUGAGUAAAAAUGAGACUUACGUGUUAAAAUUAUGGCCUUUGUUUGUCAAACUUCUUGGGAAGACCUUGCAUCGAAGUGGGAGUUUCAUCAAUUCUCUAUUACAGCUAGAAGAACUGGGAUUUCGUAGUGGAGCACCCAUGAUUAAAAAGAUAGCUUUUAUUGCUUGGAAGAGUUUAAUAGAUAAUUUUGCUUUAAAUCCAGAAAUACUAUGUAGUGCAAAAAGACUGAAGUUGUUAAUGCAGCCUUUGAGUUCUAUCCAUGUGAGAACAGAAACUCUAGCGCUGACAAAACUAGAAGUCUGGUGGUAUUUAUUGAUGAGACUAGGACCUCAUCUUCCUGCUAAUUUUGAACAGGUCUGUGUGCCUCUGAUUCAAAGCACAAUAAGCAUUGAUUCUAAUGCUUCACCUCAAGGCAGUUCAUCUCGUGUAGCUACUUCUCCAGCUUUAAAUCCUGCGACCCCUGUACACAAAGGUGCUUCUCCAUAUGGAACUCCCCGGAUGAACUUGAGUUCAAAUUUUGGUGGAAUGGCCACAAUCCCCUCUAUACAAGUUUUGGGGCUUGAAAUGUUGCUUCAUUUUUUGUUGGGUCCAGAAGUCUUGAGUUUUGCUAAGCAAAACAAACUUAUGCUGAGCUUAGAGCGACUUGAACAUCCAUUAAUCAGCAGCUCUUCUUUUUUUUCCAAACAUGCAAAUACAUUUAUCACUGCUGUUCGUGAUAGCUUUGUUGCAAUUAGAAAAGAUGCUUCUGAUGUAAUUGUCAAUGCUAUUUGGAAGGAGCUAGUUAGCUUGGUGAAGUCAGUUAUUGAAUCUGGUAACAAAAAAGAGAGACCAGGUUCUGAAGUUUUGACUCUUCUAUUAAAAUCUUUGGAAAGCAUAGUGAAGUCAGAAGUAUUUCCUGUAUUGAAAACACUGGUUCUCAUGGAAAUUACAAUUAAAGGACUUCCUCAGAAAGUAUUAGGUUCUCCAGCAUAUCAGGUUGCUAAUAUGGAUAUUCUUAAUGGGACUCCUGCUUUGUUCUUAAUUCAGUUAAUUUUCAAUAAUCUGUUGGCAUGUGGUGUAGAAGAUGAAAGGUUUUUUCUCAACCUGGAAACACUUGUAGGCUGUGUUCUUUCUGGUCCAACUUCACCGCUAGCUUUCAGUGACUCUGUCUUAAAUGUUAUUAAUCAAAAUGCAAAGCAGUUGGAAAACAAGGAGCAUCUUUGGAGAAUGUGGAGUAUUAUAGUCACCCCAUUAACUGAAUUGAUAAAUCAGACCAAUGAAGUGAAUCAAGGUGAUGCCUUAGAACAUAAUUUUAGUGCCAUCUAUUGUGCACUGACUUUACCAAUAAACCAUAUUUUUUCAGCACAAAAAAUUCCAGCGGCCACCAUGAAGACCUUACUUAAAACUUGGUCAGAAUUAUAUAGAGCAUUUGCUCGCUGUGCAGCUUUGGUGGCAACUGCAGAGGAGAAUUUGUGCUGUGAGGAACUUUCUUCCAAGAUAAUGUCCAGUUUGGAAGAUGAAGGCCUUUCAAAUUUAUUGUUCUUGGAUAGGAUCACUCAUAUUAUUACUGUAAUGGUUGAUUGCAUCGACUUUUCACCAUAUAAUAUUAAGUAUCAGCCCAAAAUUAAAUCACCACAGAGACCUUCAGAUUGGUCCAAAAAGAAGAAGGAGCCCUUGGGAAAAUUGGCUUCUUUAUUUAAACUUAUUGUGAGAGUGAUCUAUUCUUUCCACACUCUGAGCCUCAAGGAAGUACAUUCUGAUACUCUCCUCGCUAUUGGCAACUCAAUCACCAGCAUUCUUUCCAAUGUACUUGGACAUAUUUCUUUGCCUUCUAUGAUCCGAAAAAUAUUUGCAACUUUAACAAGACCUCUGGCAUUAUUUUACGAAAACUCAAAGUUUGAUGAAGUUCCUAAAGUAUAUAGUUGUAUGAACAACAAGUUAGAAAAGCUACUAGGAGAAAUUAUUGCUUGUCUACACGUCAGCUACACUGGGACUUAUGACAGUGAACUUCUUGAACAGAUCUCGCCAUUAUUAUGCAUAGUAUUUUCACACAAGAAUAAACAGAUUAGAAAACAAAGUGCUCAGUUCUGGAAUGCCACAUUUGCUAAAGUGACGAUGUUGAUUUAUCCUGAGGAGUUAAAACCAAUACUAAAACAAGCCAAACAAAAAUCUCUGCUUCUGUUGCCUGGUUUGGAAAAUGUUGAAAUUAUUGAGGAAUCCAGUGGACCAUAUUCAGAUACAACAGAAAAUUCACAGUUAAAUAUGAAGAUAAGUGGCAUGGAAAGAACCUCAAGUGGAAAAAGAGAUUCUUUUUUGGCACAAACAAAGGAUACAAAAGACAAUAUGAAACCACCAGCUAAAUUGAAACUAGAGUCUUCAACUCCAAAAGCAAAGAGUGAAAUGCCUUUGGAAGAAGAAAAGUCUACUGACUUUGUGUUUAUACCUCCAGAAGGAAAAGAAACAAAGGAAAGGAUACUAACUGAACACCAGAAAGAAGUACUCAAAACAAAGAGGUGUGAUAUUCCUGCCAUGUAUAAUAAUCUGGAUGUUUCACAAGAUACUUUAUUUUCUCAGUAUGGUCAGGAAGAGUCUAUGGAAAUUCCUACUUUAACUGAAAAAUCCAAGGAAGAUUCCAAGAUGAUAUUUAAGGAGGAACAAAAGGAGAGUGACAUUGUCAUUCCUCAACAUGUCAUGGAAAACUGUGGUAUGGAUGAACACCUUGAAAAGGCUUCCCUUUCGAAUAAUGAGUGUGGUUCUAUUGAGGAAACCAAUGCAGAAAUACUGAGCAGUAAUGAUGCCAGAAAAAAGGCUUUAAUUGUAUCAAAGAAGACGCCAACUGAAUGUGCAUCUAGUACAGAAAAUACAUUUGGUGUCAGCAGUAGCUCGGUUUCUAAUGCCACUAUUUCUGGAACUCCUCCCCCACAGCCUACAAGUCGAAGGCAAUCCUUUAUUACUUUGGAGAAGUUUGAUGGCUCAGAAAAUAGACCCUUUAGUCCAUCCCCCUUGAAUAAUAUGUCAUCAGCUGUUAUAGUGAAAAAUAAUCAGGAAGGCACGGCUAAAACAGAUAAUCCACCAAAAGCAAAGAAAAAAGAAGUGGCUCUUUCAAAAUCUGACUCUGCAAAAACAGUGCAUGGGAUUAAGAGAUCAGUCCGAAGGUCGAGUAAGCCUGAACCAAUAGGGAAUAAAAAGUCUAAGCCCUUGAUGAGAUCUGAUCAGGAGAAAAGUACUCGGGAAUCUGUUGAUGGCAUGGUAGCCUUAGAAAGUAACCCACCUGGUUUGCUUAAUCAAACAGAAUGUGCAUUAGAUAAUCAGGUUCAUCUCUCUGAGUCUUCAGUGGAGUAUGAGGAUAUGAUGCUUAAACCAACAAUAGAAAAUACUAUACUAUUAGAAAACAGUACUGUGGAGGAGAAAACCUUAGAAAUUAAUUUGGAAUCCAAAGAAAACACACCCCCAGCCAUAAUAACAACAGAUCAAACAGCAAAUGAGGAUAGUCAUGUUCAGAUAACUCCAAAUCAUAAAACCCUUAGACGAUCUUUAAGGCGACGUUCAGAAACAGCAGAGCCAACCACUGAUAGCCAAGAUAAAGAAAAUAAUCAAAAAAGGGAAAGACGUAAGGAAGAAGAAAAGACACUGCAGAGGAGUCCAUUGCAUGUAAAAGAUGAUGUUUUACCUAAGCAAAAAUUGAUUUCUGAACAAACUGUACAGGAAAAUUUAAUUGAGAAAGGAAAUAAUUUACAUGAGAAGACUUUAGGGGAAACCAGCGCUAAUGCUGAAAUCGAUGAAAAUAGAAGAAAGCCAGAUCUUGAGACUACUAAAUCUGAGGGAGAUGGUGCCCAGGACAUUGCAGAUAAAUCCUCUGAGAUAACAGUAAGGGGACGAACACGGUAUCAAACAAGAAGAGCAUCCCAGGGUUUACUUUCCAGCAUUGAAAACUCAGAAUCUGAUAGUUCUGAGGCAAAAGAAGAAGGUUCUAAAAAGAAAAGAUCUGGAAAAUGGAAAAACAAAAGCAAUGACAGUGUUGACAUUGAAGAUCAAGAAGAGAAAAUGGUAAAACAGGAAUGUAUAAAGGUUGAAAGUCAGGCACAUGAUUAUAAAGGGAAUUCUGAAGUAGACAAAGAUACAAAAUCUCAGAUCUGUGAAAAAAGAGAAGAAAGUAAUACUGUAACUCUUCAAGAUUCUACAAUAUCUUCAGAAUUAUUACAAGUUUCUGGUGAUGUAUCAAAUAUUUAUGAGGGAAAAAGUAAAACUAACAAAUGUGCAGAACAUUCCUUUUCAAAUCCUUCUGUACCAGAAUCAAAUCUAAGGACUAGAAAUGCCAAUAAAAAAUUGCAUAAGCGAGAUUCUCUAGAAAAUAGUGUGGGUGAAUCCUCAAAAACAGAAACAUCAGACAUUUCUUUGCUUUCUGAGAAAACUCUUCAAACACUUGAAUGCCAACACAAGAGAAGUAAGAGGGUGAGGAGAUCUAAAGGUUGUGAUUGCUGUGGAGAAAAAUCACAACCUCAGGAAAAGUCAUUCAUUGGGUUAAAGAAUACAGAGAAUUAUGAUGUAAAAGUCAGCGAAACAAAAAAGACAGAUGUGCAGACACCUGUAACUAUAUCAGAAACUUCUAAAGCUGAUCUGUAUUCAGAAGUAAAACUUUUAGAUGAGCAUCAUAGUGUGAAUUUUCAUUUGGAUCUCAAGGAGGAGAAUGAUACUAUUAAUGAUUCAUUAAUUAUAUCUGAAACUGAGUUGAAAGAAAAUACUAUUCAAGACUUUCUUCCUUCUGAAAUGGUAAAUUUUAAAGAAGAAACUUGUGAUAGGGAUUCUGAGGUAGCAAUAUCUCUUGAAAGCCAGGAGCCAUCUAAUAAAAAAUGUAAAACUAUUGACCCAUGUUUGGGUGACUUCAAAGAUAUUUCACUGGAAUGUUUAACUUUGGAGACCAAAGAAGAAAAGCCAGAGGCUAUCCCCAAAAAGGAAUUGAGUAUUAUAGAGAACCUUGUUAAUGUUGAAGCAAAUGCAGAAUUGAAUCCAGGAGAAGUAGAUGCUAUGGAAUUGAAUGCAGAAAAUGAUAAAUCUGAAGCUAGCUUCUCUAAACAAAAGAGUGUCAAAACUGAUAUUUCAGAGGAAGAGGUAACAGAGAAAAACAGUCAAAGUACGGAUGCACCUGAAGAACUCAGUGCUGAUGAAGCAGUAGCUGUGGAAUUUAAUUCAGGUAUUGGUCGUUCUGAUAAUACCGCACCUGUAAAAGUGAGUGCUCAGUUAGAGAUUUCUGAACAAAUAGCAGUUGGGGAACUAGACAGAGGAAGUGAUGAAUCUGAUCCAGGCUCAUCUGGAGAAAUGAAUGCUGAAAUGGGAAAUUGUGAAGAAACAGUGAUUGGUGAGGUGACUACUGAAACUGACCGUGUCAAUGAAACAGAGGAUGAGGACUUAACUACCAAAGCCUCUAAGCCUAUAGAAGCUGAAACAAAGAGAUUGAAUGUAGAAAUCGAUAGUUUUGUUCCCAACACACUUGAGAUGAGCUCUGAAGAAGGAAAGGUUGACUGUAAUAAAACUGAAACAAAUAUUGAACCUAAUAAAUUUGAGGAAACAAAAUUAGGUGACAGUCAGAUGGUAGCGGGAAAUGAUGGAAUUUUACCGGAAGUUCACCAUAUUUCAGAGAAAGUGGAGGAGACACCACAACCUCUGACAGCUGAAACAGGUGUUUCUGAACUGGUAUCAGAAGACAAUAAUACAUCUCCUCAAAAAUUAAAGGAUGUUGAUCCUUUACUCAUGUCAGCAAAUGACAGUCCUAGUGGCAUGCACACACGCUGUGUCUGGUCUCCUUUGGCUUCUCCAUCCACCAGCAUUUUAAAGAGAGGACUAAAAAGACCCCAAGAAGAUGAAAGCUCAUCACCUGUUCACAAGGUUCGCCGUGUCUCCUUUGCAGAUCCUAUAUACCAGGCAGGAUUGGCAGAUGACAUUGAUAGGCGAUGCUCUAUUGUUAGGUGCCAUUCUUCAAAUAGUUCUCCCAUAGUAAAAAGUGUUAAAACUUCACCUACUGCGCAAUCUAAGCAUAAUACUACUUCAGCCAAAGGAUUUCUGUCCCCAGGAUCACGUAGCCCUAAAUUUAAGAGCUCAAAGAAGUGUUUAAUUGCAGAAAUGGCUAAGGAAUCUGUGCCAUGCCCAACAGAAAGUGUCUACCCUGCUUUGGUGAACUGUGUAGCACCAGUUGACAUCAUUUUACCUCAGAUUACGUCCAACAUGUGGGCAAGAGGACUGGGACAACUCAUUAGAGCCAAGAAUAUAAAAACAAUUGGUGAUUUGAGUACUCUUACAGCAUCUGAAAUAAAAACUCUUCCUAUCCGUUCUCCAAAAGUGUCUAAUGUAAAAAAGGCUCUCAGAGUAUAUCAUGAGCAGCAGGUGAAGUCUCGUGGACUAGAAGAGAUUCCAGUUUUUGAUAUUUCCGAAAAAACAGUAAAUGUAAUGGAAAAUAAAUCUGUUUCUCCUGAUGAAGAAAGACUUGCCUCAGAUUUAAUUGAUCCUGUUGCUUUAGAGACUCCGUUAUCUAAAAAUCUUGUGGCCCAGAUUAGUGCACUUGCUCUUCAACUAGAUUCAGAAGAUCUCCAUAAUUAUUCAGGAAGCCAGCUAUUUGAAAUGCAUGAGAAACUUGGUAGCAUGGCAAACUCUAUAAUUAAAAAUCUGCAGUCACGUUGGAGGUCACCAGCCCAUGAAAAUUCUAUUUAGUGUUUUAAGAGAAAAUUGAAGUAUAAAAAAAAAAAAUCACUGGAUUUGUUGAUUCAUAAAGUAAGUUCUGAAAUAUAGCACAAUUUCAGACUGAAUGUUUGCAAAGUUGGUAACAUUUCAGACGCUGAAGGGCAAUAUCUUAUUAAGUUCAGUUUUGUUAGUGAGAUCAUUUUUUCCUGUAUAACAUGUUUUCUUGGCUGCUAUGCGUAGUUUUUCCAAAAAUUUAAAUAUUGAAAUGUGAAAGCAAAAACUAAAUAGCAUACAUUUUAUUUCACUUAUGCGUAUUUUAAUGGAACAUUUUAUGUAAUAUACCUGUUCUCAGUAAGUAAAAAUGAAAAAUUUUAUUUGAACUUUUUGCUGAACUGAUAAGGUAUUUAUACUUGAUUUCCUUUUUUAAAAUUUCUAUUUGUUGUGCCUGAGGUUUAAGAAAUUUGUUCUUGGUAAAACACCCCAAAUGACAUGCAAGAGAAUCUUUUGGAACGCUCUUCGCAGACAUCAACGUUAUUUGAACAAGAAAAUACUUAUAUUUCAAGAAAAAUAUUAAAAGUUUCAACUUUUGGGGUUAAAUAUUAAAGCAGAAUUUACUAAAAUUCCAUUCAUUUGCGUUAGCAAAUAUUUGUUCAGCAGCAUUUGCCUGUGAAAAUAUACUUAUGAGACAUAUAAUAUUCAUUUUAAAAUGCACGACUAUUUGUACAUUAUGUAUAGAUUAAGUUUUUAAUUUAUAAAUUUCAGUCUUCGUUAAUUGCAUGAGUUUUUUUCUGCAGCUUCUUGUGAAUACCUUUGUGUUGUUUAAUAGAAACAUAAUUUUGUAUAUAUUGAAUACUGAGAUAUCAGUAUGGAUGGUAGAAGUGCUUCAUGGGCUUGCUGCAGAUGUUUGUAGGAUUCUGUCUCUACAAAUAAAACAACAAAUAGUUUUGUACUUAGUUAAUAGUGUUAGUUAAAACAUGAGUUUAUUUUCUAAAGUAGCCAGAAAGAGUAAAGUAAUAGAAAUGAGAAAGUGUUACAUGACAACUUUGCCAUUCAUUCCCAUAACUUUCCCCUGCAACCCCCAUCCCUUUUGGUUUAGAAGAGGGUAUCAGCCACUAGAAAGCGUGCCUCAUUACAUUUCUCUUUAAUGGGGAUUUAGCUUGAGUAUUUUCAUUAUAACUUGGACCAUAAGGAAUCUAGAGUUUAUCUGCUCUUUUUACCUAUACCUAAAGCAAACUUGGGAGAAAUUUGAAACUGUUCAUUCAAAAUAUUUAUGUUUUACCAAGUAAAAAAGUAGGGUGUAUGUAAUUAAACCAUUUGUAGAUUUUUUACCAACUGGUAUUAGUGCCUGACUUUCCCAUAUUUGUUUCAUCUUUUUAACAGUGAGAGUAUUUCAUUUGUUUUCGAAAUAGAAUGAGCGAGUGAUCUUCUCAGUUUCAGACUUAUUCAGAACUAACCCUUACUUGAAAAGGCACACAUUCUUCAGCAACUUAUAGAAAGUUUAAUCCUUGUGUCUUGGUUAGCUUUACAUUCAGAAAGGGGCUGCCACCCAUUCACAGUAAAAGUUGGUUUUUCUUUAAUAAUAAAUCCAUUAUCAGUACAUCGCAAAUAUUUUAGGGUCUAAGUGUGAUAUUUAUAUGCUGAGGAUGAUUUUAAAAGAAAUUCUGGGACCACUAAACUGAGGAUUGUAGCUUGAAGAAAUAACUAAUGAAAAAUUAGGAAUUUUUUAAAACAUUUAUAAUUGUGGUUUAAAUUGUCUAUCAUUUAUUUCCCAAGUUGUAUUUGACAGUAAAGAGGCAUAUAUGUUUUUGCAAACAUGUGUAAGAAGGGAUGUGUAUGUGUGUUGAGAGGAGUCAGAAUUAGCUCAUUUCAUGACUUCGUAUCUUAAUAUUUGUGUGAACUAAACUUACUUGCUGGUGGAAUGAAGUUCUUGGGAAGGUGAACAGUAUAGCAGAAAAUGUGACCAAAAUGGUUACCGUUUACUUAAAUCACUGAGUUUGAUGCAAGCACAGAUUUUAAUUUUAAAACAUUGUGGUUUAAUAAGGAUAUAUUUUUAAAUAUUUGAGGGCAAAAACCAGUUUGCUAAGUGUUCAUUGUUGAUAUAGUUAUAAGUGUGUAUGUGAGGCACCUUAUUUUCAAUUUUCUUGCCUUAAAAUUUUCUGCAAAUUUUUUCCUGAGUGAUUCCAGAAGAGCUGAAAGCAUUAAUAUUCCUUGAUCAGCUCCAGUGUGUUGUUCACUAUUAAAGUGAAAUCAGUUUUUUCAGAUAAUUCCUAAUGGUUAAUAAAACAUGGCAAACGUUACUGAGAACA